AUGUAUGAAUCCUACCGCCCGCAUCCACUCCUGGCGCAAGUCCCUUUGACCGUCUCUCCUUUCAUCAACCUCCCUUCCUCAGUCACCCUUCCCUACACCUACAAAUCACUUCCUUCCACACUCCCGGCAUCCGUAACAGUCGACCCCAACAACCCCGACACUAAGCCCCGCUAUGUGGUCUCCGCGAGCGGUGAGCACGCCGCAUCCGCCGAAGAAAUCCUAGCAUCGUGCAAGUCUCUUGAGGAACUGCUCAAUAAAAACCGCACCGAUGCGGAGAAGGCCAUUCAGAAUUGGGAGGAGUCCAUUGUGCAGCGCGAUCUCGCAGAGAAGAGACGGGUUGCGCCCGGGUGGUUGGACCGCGAAGAGAAGCUACUACAACCGAGUAGAUCUAUGGCAGGUCCCAGACCGUCAGGGCAACCAGAACACAGCUUGCUAGAUAGCUUGUCUUCGGAUCCAGAUGCGUCGAAACUACCAUCGAUGAAGCCGCGCGACGAGGGUGAGGAGCUGGAUAGAGUGUUCGGUGGGCUAAACGUAAAAUGA